AUGUCGAAGGCUUCAGGAUCAGAAGAUGAGCCACUGGUGCCAGAUGAUUUCGAUGAUGAUUUCUUCAAGGAGUUAUGCGAGAAGAUACCCGAGGCCACCAAAGCUUUGCGGCAAAAGGAUACUCCCAAUAAUGCGGACAAUGUCCAGAGGCUGCUCAUUUGUGGCAGUCGCUAUAAAAGCGAUCUGCGAAUAGAGAAGGAACGAUCCCAGGAGCUGCGAAAGGAGAUAGAAAGCCUUGAAGUGCGUUUGGAAAAUGCAGCUCGGGUGACUAAAAUGGACAUGGCCACCAUUGAGGAGCUCCGAGGGGUCAUUGAGGGAGCUUGGAAGCAAAAGGACGCUGCCCAAAUCCGAGAACAAUCCGCCCAGGACGAGGUCUUAAGCCUCCGGGAGAAACUGGAUGAAUCGGAGCAAAUGGUGGCCCAUCUCAAUGAGAAACGGCUGGCCAUGAGCAAGCGUGACGAUGGCAAGGAGCGGGAGCGACUCACCGCAGAGAUUGCCGAUCUCAACAAGCGGUUGCAAUUGCAGCGCACCUAUGCCACGGAAUUGGACAGCACCAUUGAAGGAUUGGAGGCCAAGAACAAGGAGUUGCUCAAAUUACUAGAUGAAACCUCCAGCGAUGCCUGUAACCUAAAACGUAAGAGCGAUGCCCUGGCCAAGGAACUUUCCACCAUGAAGAGCGAAGAAUCCCGGUACCAAGAGCAAAUUUCCCAGAUGAAGUCCGCCAACGAGCACUUGACCAAAGUGAAAGUGCGUCAGAACCUUCAGAUCCUAUCCCUGAAGACGAACCUAGAGCACCUGAAUACCCAGCAUAAUGCCACCAACAAUAAGCUGGCCAAGAUCACAGUGGAUCUGGAGUACACAGUGCAGGAGAGGGAUAAGAAUAAACGGGCUCUCAACCAACGGAUUAAUCUGCUAAAGGUGCGAGAGGAUGAACUGAUUAAGGUGCGUCAGGACAAUGGAAAGCUGGCCAAGUCCCAGGAGACGAUUGCUCGGAAAUAUGCGGGACUAGAUGAAUCCAAACGAGAAGUGGAAACGCAGAACAUAAGGCUGAAAACCCAGCUGGGCACUCAGGACAAGGAACUGGAGUCCAUGCGCCGGGUGGUUCACCACUUCGAGAAGAACAACGAGAACCUGACCAAGGAGCGGGAUUCCCUGAGGCGGGAACUGCAGGCUGAGCACCAGCAGCUCGAGCAGAGCAAUGCACUGCACCAAGAGGCGCAACACGAAGUGCGUGCUCUCAAGGACACCAUCAGUACCAUGGACACCAAGCUAAAGAAACUGAAUGAGGAUGCAAACAAACUGAAGAAGGAGAAGACCAAAAAACUAGAUGAGAUUCAGCACUGGAUAGACAAGUUGGAUGCGCUGCAAAACGAGAUGCACUUGAAGGAGAACUACGAGAUCGAACUGAAACGCACCAUCAGUGAUCUGGAGGCAAAGUGCUCCAAGUUCCAGCAGCAGCACGAUGUCCUUGCUGCCGAGCGCCAGACCCUUCAACGCAGUGUCCAGGUGGCCGACGAGGAGCGGCAAAAGCUUCGUGACCACCUGGUAAACCUUCAGGCGCACGUCGAGAAACUCAAGGCAAAGAUCGGCUACCGGGAUGCCGAGAUGUCCAAGCUACAGUUGCAGAUCGAUCGCAUGGAAAAGGAGCGCCGCCUUCUGCGCAACGAUAUCCGGCACGCCCAACUGGGUCAGCAGCACACCAAGGCGGAACUACUGGACAAGCGCAAGGAAAACGAUCGUCAUGCCAAGUCGCUCCAAGAAGACGAACAGAAGUUGGCGCGCCUGCGCAAGGAUGUGGAUAACUUGAUGAACGAGAAGAACGCUAUCAGUGCGGCGCUGACCAAACGCAACGAGGAGUACGAGCGACUGAAGCACAGCCAGGAGAAUCUCCAAACCGUGUACGAUCAGACCCAGAGGCAGUGCAGCCAGUGUCAGGAUGAUAUGCGAUUGAUGGGGGUGGAGAUAAAGAAUUUGCGAACGGAAAGAGAUGUCCUGCGGGCGGACAGGGAGAGUGCAGCGGAUCUGCGGCAGGAACUGCUCCAAAUGCACCGCAUGCUCAACCAGGAGAGGAUCAAGGCUCGUGCCUUGCAGGACGAGAUGGCCACACCGAUGAACGUCCACCGCUGGCGACUCCUAAGCGGCAAGGAUCCGGAAAAGAUGGAUCUCCUCGGGCGUAUCAGUAUCCUGCGAAGGCAGUUGCUUCAGCAGAACGUGGCUGCCUUGGAGCAGGAAAGAGCCUUGAAUGAGGCCCAGCAGCUUUACGCGGCUUUGAGGGAAUUCAUGCUUAAGUUACCCAGCCACAAAGUCCGGGCGGAGCUCAAUAGCGUAAAGGCUAAUUUAUCCGCCAAGGAUCGCAAGUUGAGGGUGCUAAAGGCUGAACUUAGUGCCAAGGAGGCAGAUGAGAAGUCCAAGAAGGAAAAGCUGGAGGAGAUGCGGGCUAAUCUGGCGCUAACCAAAACGCAACUUCUGGAGGAGAAGAAGCACAAGCAGAAGCUCCUGGAGGAGCGACAGUUGCUAGAGCAGAUGCAUUGCUAUUCGGCACCAGCCCAACUGCCUAGGACUCUGGGUGCUGGUUUUAAGAUGGUCACCAGUUUACUUUAA